AUGAGCAACUCGCCGAAAGUGCCGCACACGCUGCAGAUCCGGACCAAGGAGAGUCCGCAGUCGAACAACGACGACAGCCGGUCCAACCAGACGUCGCGCAUCGACAACAGCCAGGUGCGACGCGGCUGUGACUCGGUCCUGAACUGCUUGCAGACGUGGUCGGCGUUCAACCCGCAACGGCGGUUUCGGCUGCUGAAAGCCUUUUUUGUGCUGCUGUGUCUUGUGGACAUCAUGCAUUGGGCCUACUUGUUGAGGUUCGGAUUUUAGAGUCAUUUUGGGACAAUUAGAAAGUCAUUAAGUUAUUUAUAAGUAAAAUUGGAUCAUUUUGAUCAUAUGAAACUUUGAUACGUAAUCUCGUUGCCAAUAUACACGCCCAGGUCGCAGGUGGAAUAGCUCGAAGCGUCGCGGUCGCGUUGCGGUUUGAAUGCGGCUUAGAAGUUUGCCCCAUGCUUUAAAAUGCCUAAGCGCGCGUCGCCUCAAGUCGGGCGCAAUCGCAACGCUUUGAGCCACUCUGGAGCCAUUCUGUAACAAGGCGUUUCGCUUGCGUCCGACUCGAAACGGCUUGCGCGCUGUGGCACCUAAAAUCAUAGGGCAAAAUUCUGAGCAGCAUCCAAACCACAACGCGACCGCGACGCUUCGAGCUAUUUUACCGCAACGCGUUGAGCCAUUCUGGAUCAAAGUUGCGGUGGCGCCCGACUUGAAACGACUUGCGCCCUAUGACAUCUAAAACCAUAGGGCAAGCUUCUGAGCAAAAACCGCAACGCGACCGCGACGCUUCGAGCUAUUCCACGUGCGACCUUGUUAUUUCAACCAGUCUACGAAUUAAAAUUGCUCAUCCACUCUCGAAAUUUACCAAUAACUUGAAACAGUAACUAGAAAAAAAAAUGCCAAAUUUCCAGAGACGACACCAACGAAAAUCCCAACUCUUGGAGGUUCUACAAGAAGUUUCAAAGCUUUGAUUUGUACUAUUUGGUGAGAAUUUUUAGAUUUUCACUUGAAUGAAUUUUUUUACUAGGUGGCGCGGAUGUUCGCCGAUAUUUUCACGUGUGUUUUGGGUCUGGGGGCGGCGAUGUGGACAAGGAAACCGUUAUUGACGCUUCCCUGCACCACAAUUCAGCUUCUCUUCUUAUUUAUAAGGUUCUGCGGGGAAAAUUCUUUGUUUUGAGGUUCAUUUUUGAGAGAAAAAGAGCCAUUUUCAAGCUUGGACAUGCGAAAAAAGGGAAAAUUUCAAAUUGGCGCUAAAACUCGUCACACAUGAACUUGCCGUUUCAAAACGCAAUAAAAUCGAUAGACAUCAUUUUAUUUCAUUUGGUUCCAAGCGACUCGAAUUUAUCUGCGCCCUCCUUGUCUCUCGAUGUCCCUCUCAUUUAGACAUGCUAUUUCCAUCUCUGGCCUAUCGGGUGAGGGAACAGAGAGACGCAGACACACGAAAACCUUCAAGUCGCUGGGAAUGGACUAUAAAACAUAGAUUUCUCAGGUUUUGAGAGAAAAGAAAGCAAAAAUCACAGUUUUCAUCGACUUGAAAACGCAUAGUACUAAUGAAAUAAGGGCUUGAAAGCGAAUGUUCUUUGCGCCCGACCCAAAACGACUUACGCGCUAGUGUUUCGAAAAAUCAAAAUUACUUUCCGAAAUCGACGGCCACGGAACCGAGGAGUCUUUCUAAUAAACCUCAGAUUAUUUUUCCAUAUUUUUAAUCGCCCAAGAGCCAAAAGCAAUAAACAAAACAGGCCCAGUAACUGCAGGCUUCGGCCUCUCUGGGAAACAGAGAACUCAUGUAAUUGUGAAAAUAAUCGUCUUGAGAUAAAAAAAAGGGUAGCAAUAGAAUUUUUGAGUGUUUUAAGGGAUCUUCGAUAAAAAUAGCUGGUUUUGGGACUCUUUUUCUGUUACAAAUUAUUGUUCAGGGCUGCCGUUUGGUCAGUUCGGAGUUACAACAGAGGAUUCGCGAAAAAUGCACGCGACAAGUGAAGAUAAGGUCUUUUUUUUCUAUUUUUCUUUAUUUUUUAUCGCAGUGAGACCCCUAAAUGAGGCUAGUUUUACUAGAUGAAGUUUUUCAUGCUAAUUCCAAAUCCGGUCCCAAAAUCUGCCAACGAAGUCUGUGAAAAAAGUUAUGGACCCUCAAAAGUCCAAAAUUUCAUCGUCUCCACUUGAGCUUAUUUUUGACGGAUGCGUAGAUUUCGUUCUUCUGAUAACAUAAAACAAAUUACUUUUCUACGAAAAAAUUUUAAAGCAUAGAUAUGAUUUUUCAAAGCUCCGUCAUAGGUAAGAAAAUGCUGGCGCGGGGUGGUAUUGCGAUCCGGCGGCAGAGGUCAGCGAUGGCAACGAGGAGCAGUGGGGAAGACGGUGGAGUAGUAGAAAUAAGGUCGUAGGUUCGGUCUCUGCGCUGUGAAAAUUUUUUUUGCAAUUUUUUUUUUUCUUGGAAAAUUUUGUAUAAGUGUUCUUUUUUUGAGUUUUGGAGCGUAGAAACAUGUGAAUAUUUUUUUUGAGCCCCUGGAUUUUCUGUCAAAAAAGUUUUUCAUUGAAUUUUUGAGAUUUUCUAUGGGUGAGCCUAGGUUGGAAAGUCAUAAUUUUAGUCUUUUUUUUUUCUUAUUUUGCCGUUUCUGCUGACUGCCGUUAGAUCGCAAAACCACACCGCGGGGCUUUAGGGCUGUGGGCCCUCACUUUUCGGAAAUUAAAAAGUUGUGCAGGUUAAUCCUUUCAGGAUCUUUUUCUGGUACAUCAAGGGGUUUAUAGCCGAUUUCCAGGAAAGUUAAAAUGACCUGCCCUGUUGACUAAAGCUUUUUUUAAAGUUUUUCAAAUGAAACUCUAACUCAUUUUUCCAGCUCUUCGUGAUCUGCGAGUUCGUCCUGCCAUUGGUCUGGGCCCUGCUGUCGAUCCUGAUCGUCCACACGACGCGACGACUCCGUUGCUACGAACAACUUCACGGCUACGCGAGACCUCCGAUCAUCGUUCUGACCGUCAAGAACGACGACAACGACGAGAGUGUUCAGAUUGAGAUCGCUUGA